AUGGACAUCAAUAACCUCUCUUCCAACUGGAAGCAGCUGCAGAGCAAGCUAAAAGCCAGCAGCAGCAAGUCUGCCGGUUCGCCCACCCCACAAUCACUACACCCAGCGAAUCCCGCCAAGCGCAAGCGAGGGGAUCUCGAGCAGCGGCCUGUACACUCCUUACCGCGCAAGAAGGCCAGAUGGGAUGAAGACCGCAAGAUCCAGCAGAAGCAGAAAAAGGCAAAGCAGCAGCAGCGCGGCAAGAUGAAUGGACAGGUCGCCACGAAACCUCUGCCAAACGGAGACCCAGUUGCGAAUGGUAGUACCGCUGCAGACCCGCCUACGGCCCCAAGAAGCGCCAACACGCUCGUCAAUGCCGGCCUGUCUGAAGAUGUCGAAAUUGGCAAAUACAUCGCGCUCGACUGCGAAAUGGUCGGCGUGGGGCCCACGCCGACGCUCACCUCGGCCCUUGCGCGAGUCAGCCUCGUCAACUACCACGGCGAGCAGCUCUACGAUUCGUACGUGCUCCCGCUGGAGCCGGUGACGGACUGGCGCACGCACGUCUCGGGCAUUGCGCCGCAGCACAUGCGGCACGCGCGCACUCUGAAGGAGGUACAAAGCGCCGUCGCGAAGUUGCUGAAGGGGCGCGUGCUGGUCGGACACAGCGUGCGCAACGAUUUGGAUGCGUUGCUGCUGGGGCAUCCGAAGAGGGAUGUCAGGGAUACGGCGAGGUUUCCGCCGUAUAGGAAGAUGGCGGGUGGGGGGAGUCCGAGGCUGAAGGUGCUGGCGAGUGAAUUGCUGGGCGUGGAGAUUCAGGAGGGGGAACAUAGCAGUGUUGAGGAUGCGAGGGCGACGAUGAUGCUGUUCAAGAGAGAUAGGGCCGGGUUUGAGAGGGAGCAUGUCAAGAGGUGGGGAGUUGAUCGAAGAGAAGCGGAAAUUGCGGCUGCGAAGGGGACACAGGGAAAUGAUGUGCAAGGCGAAGAGGAUGCAGAUGGUAGAGAAGAGCCGAAGGCGAAGAAAAAGAAGAAAAAGAAGAACAAGAAGAAGUGA